AUGGCUGACAGUGCAGCGGCCAACAGCGACGGCGAGGAUGGACCCCGACAGCCCAUGAGGGGCUUCGCCCGCCAAGGAGCGCUCCGUCAGAAGAACGUCCACGAAGUGAAGGACCAUAAAUUCAUCGCACGCUUCUUCAAGCAGCCCACCUUCUGCAGCCACUGCACCGACUUCAUCUGGGGGUUUGGCAAGCAGGGAUUCCAAUGUCAAGUGUGCUGUUUUGUGGUGCACAAACGUUGCCAUGAGUUUGUCACUUUCUCCUGCCCAGGAGCUGAUAAAGGUCCAGCUUCAGAUGAUCCAAGGGCGAAGCACAAGUUUAAGAUCCACACUUACUCCAGUCCGACAUUCUGUGACCAUUGUGGUUCUCUGCUGUAUGGUCUUAUUCACCAAGGCAUGAGAUGUGACCAUUGUAUGAUGAACAUCCAUAAACGCUGUGUGGCCAAUGUGCCGAGUCUGUGUGGAACAGACCACACUGAGAGAAGAGGUCGUAUUUACAUCAGUGCUGAGAUCAAGACUAACGUGCUUACUGUGACCAUCAAAGAGGCCAGGAAUCUUGUCCCAAUGGAUCCCAACGGUCUGUCAGAUCCGUACGUGAAGCUCAAACUGAUCCCAGACCCUCGCAGUGAAAGUAAACAGAAGACCAAGACCAUUAAGUGCUGUCUCAACCCCGUCUGGAAUGAGACCUUUAAAUUCCACCUGAAGGAGUGCGAUAAGGACCGUCGUCUUUCCGUGGAGGCUUGGGAUUGGGACCUGACUAGCCGCAAUGACUUCAUGGGAUCACUGUCCUUUGGCAUCUCAGAGCUGCAAAAGCAGGGAGUGGACGGAUGGUUUAAGAUGCUCUCCCAGGAAGAAGGAGAGUACUUCAAUGUUCCCGUUCCGCCGGAGGGGGAGGAGGGCAACGAGGAGCUUCGGCAGAAAUUUGAGAGGGCUAAAAUUGGUCCGAGCAAGAACACUGAAGGCAAAUCUGCCAAUGCCGCUCGCUUCGACUCCAAUGGCAACCAAGAUCGCAUGAAGCUGUCUGAUUUCAACUUCCUUAUGGUGCUGGGAAAGGGCAGCUUUGGCAAGGUGAUGCUUGCUGAGCGUAAAGGGACGGAAGAUUUGUAUGCAAUUAAGAUCCUGAAGAAGGAUGUGGUGAUCCAAGACGAUGACGUGGAGUGCACCAUGGUGGAGAAGAGGGUCUUAGCGCUGUCGGGAAAGCCACCCUUCUUAACACAGCUGCACUCCACAUUCCAGACCAUGGACCGCUUGUACUUUGUCAUGGAGUACAUUAAUGGUGGAGAUCUCAUGUAUCAGAUUCAGCAGGUCGGGAAGUUCAAGGAGCCCCAUGCUGUAUUCUACGCUGCAGAGAUUGCCAUUGGCUUGUUCUUCCUGCAUCAAAAGGGCAUCAUCUACAGAGACCUCAAGCUGGACAAUGUAAUGCUGGACUGUGAGGGUCACAUUAAAAUCGCCGACUUUGGCAUGUGUAAAGAAAAUAUGAAUGAUGGAGUCACUACCAAAACCUUCUGCGGAACACCUGACUACAUAGCACCAGAGAUCAUCGCUUACCAGCCUUAUGGGAAAUCUGUGGACUGGUGGGCAUUUGGAGUUCUCCUUUAUGAAAUGCUGGCUGGACAGCCUCCAUUUGAUGGCGAGGAUGAGGAUGAGUUAUUUCAGUCCAUCAUGGAGCACCAUGUGUCCUAUCCCAAGUCCAUGUCCAAGGAGGCUGUGGCUAUCUGUAAAGGGUUGAUGACCAAGCAUCCAGCCAAGCGACUAGGCUGCGCUCCAGAGGGGGAGAGAGACAUCAGGGACCACAGCUUCUUCCGCUACAUGGACUGGGAGAAGUUGGAGAACAAGGAGGUGCAGCCGCCCUUCAAACCCAAAGCUUGCGGACGGGAUGCUGAGAACUUUGACCGUUUUUUCACGCGCCACCCACCUGUGCUGACCCCGCCCGACGAGGAAGUGAUUCAGAACCUGGACCAAGAUGAAUUCCAAGGAUUCUCUUUUAUCAACCCAGAGUUCCCUGGAAGCGCUCCUAAUGCCCCUCUUGCCGAGCAGGCUUGA